UGAAGAAGAACUAACGCUUGGUGCUUGUUUUGUCUGAAUCGAACGGUCUAGGAAGAUCUAUCCUCAACACUCCGUACUGAUUAAUGAAAGAGGCAUCAAUAAAUCCUGAGGAAUAUAUUUGGGUUAACAGUGCUUGCGUCAGGGAGUGAAUAGUGCUUUGGGAUCAGUGUGUUUGUCGUCGACCCUGGCUUCGCUCACUUACUUGAGACAAGCCAGUGAUUGAAGUGCUUGAUCGAUAAUAGUGCUUGCGUUAAGAAUUUUGUUCCAAAACAAAAUACAAGUCUAGCUAGUGUGAAGAAGGCUUCUUGUGCCAAGUACUAGGACGAUAUGAGCUACCUCGUCUUCACUGGGUGUCUUUCUUCUCAUUCCUGGAUGUGGAGAGAAUACCCUGUGUGUGAAGCAGAAAGCGCCAUCUCCAUUAGUUGUUCUGUACCUAGUCCGACCAUAUCGAUGUCGACGAUGAGGACGACGACGACCAAUUCUGGUACCAUUCCCUCGGCUACUCCUUUUUCUUUAGGAGGGGCAGAUUCCAGCGCUGCUGCUCCUUCUUCUCGGGCUGCUACAACACUUGCCUUUCCUGUCUUGUUCUUCUUCCAUUCUGCCUUCCUCUUAAGUGGAUGGAAAGGAAAGACAAAGUGGAAAAGGGGGACUAGGGUGAAGCUAAACGGAAAGACGAAGGAAGGUGGAUGAUGAAGGAAGGAAAAAGGAGCAGAACAAGAGUGGGAAACUUGGGCUUUCAUUAUUAGCAUGAUUUGGCUGAGACCAAAAGACGAGAAAGAAGAAACCUGCCUCGGUCAAAAGCGAUAGUCAAUGAAUGUGCCGAAGUGUAUUCCGAUAGAUACUCAGGCAAAUUGUGGCGCGCAUGGUUUUGGAAACCUUGCGUUUUGUGGCUGAUUUCAUGGAUGAGGUUGAUGCUGUGCUUCAGGUCAUGAAUGGAUUGGCUAAUGACCCCGAGUCGUCGGUUCGAGCAGAGCUCAUGGAGCAGAUACCGCACAUAGCGAUGUUUUGCCGGGAGUCCAAGCCCAACCUCAGUCAUGUGGUCCCGAAACUCCUUUUGCCAAUAGUAGUCAAUUUCCUCACUGAUAAUAGUGAGCAAGCUCGAAAGACAUCUCAGGCAGCACUACUGGUACUUCUAGAACAAGGGCUUGUGGAACGAAGCCAUGUCGAGGAGCAAGUGUGUCCCGUGAUCCUCGAACUAACGGAUCGCGAAUCCUUGGACAAUUUAAGAACGGAAGCUGUUGCGCUCCUGAGCAAAAUAGCACCACUCAUUGGUCGUGGGACAGUGAAGCAUCUGUUUUUGGAUCGCUUUGCGUCCCUCUGUGUGGAUCCCUUGUUCCAUGUGAGGAAAGUGUGCGCCUCAAACUUUGGAGAGUUCGCCGCUGUCGUUGGCCCUGAGGCCACAGAAAAUGUCUUGCUGCCAAAGUUUUUUUACCUUUGUGAAGAUGGAGUAUGGGGCGUCCGAAAGGCUUGCUCCGACGUGUUCAUGUCUGUAUCUUGCGAAUGCUCGCCGUCAACGAGACGAACAGAACUGGUGCCGAUUUUUCUCAACUUACUUCGGGACCAAUCCCGAUGGGUUCGAAUGGCUGCGUAUCAGGCCCUGGGCCCUUUUAUUUCCACAUUUGCUGAUCCUUCGUUGACGGCGCUGCUUCAAAACGACAACGGAGAAAUCUUGGUGACCGAUCGUGAGAAACUUUCCUUUAGACUGGACGAGCUCGAAAGCGGACGGGCGAAAAAAUCUAACGUGAAAGAAGGAAAUGACGAUGUAAUCAUGGAUGAAAGUCCUGGAGAUGAACCCAAUGACCGUGUGAACCUAGUAUAUGGUGACGAGGAUCAGAGUCCGGAAGAAAAGAGAGCGGGUGUUACGAAAAAAGUUCUUUCCACCAAUUAUUCCUCAACACAGGAAAUUGACACUGAUGAAGAGCAGAAUUUUAACGACUUCUUGUAUUGGAGAGAUCCACCUGGGUCGAUCGACUUGGAUAAAGAUGGUGCCAGUGGAAUAUCGAGCACUCCAAGCGAUGAGAUGGCCAAGCUGAGUCUCGACUCCAAGAAAACGGAAGAACGCCCCGAAGCAGGCUCACCUACUGAACCUACCCAAAAUGAGGGCUCGUGGCAAAAAUUGCCAAUCAUCACAUUUCAGACUUUUGACGACUUGACUUCAGCUGAAGAAACUGGCGGACAAACAUUGGAUCUAUUUCGUCCGGUUUCAACAGACUCUUCAUCCUCAAAUCAGUCUACAUUCGAUCCCAAAUGGAAUCAAUCCUAUGGCGAAGGUGAAGGAGUCAACCCUCAAGACUAUCCCCCUGACCCCGCACUGCCGAAAUAUCCACCUGCAACUAUACAAAGCAUCGUCCCGCAGUCAUUGAUCGACCAUUACGUGUCCAUGAUUGACCCAUCAAGGGCCCAAACCGUGGACACCGAUAUCUCUCGGCAUUGUGCAUACUCGCUACCGGCCGUAGCACUCACAUUAGGGCGAGCCAAUUGGCCGUUGUUGCGAUCACCUUACAUUGCUUUAGCAUCGGAUAUGCAAUGGAAAGUCAGGCGCACUUUGGCUUCUUCAAUUCACGAAAUGGGCGUCAUCCUCGGCAAAGAGAUAGCAGCCACUGAUCUCAUUCCUAUCUUUGAUGGCUUCCUGAAAGAUUUGGACGAAGUUCGAAUCGGGUUGCUGAAGCAUCUGGCCGAUUUCCUCCAGUUAUUGAACCCGGUGGAUCGCGACAAAUACUUGAAGAAACUGGGAGACUUCCGCAAAAUGGAUAACGAGCGGAAUUGGAGAUUCAGACAAGAACUAACUUACCAACUGGAAAAACUCACUCCAUGCUUUUCGGCCCCUCAAGUUUUGGAAUUUAUUACACCCGUGGCGUAUCGACUUUGCACUGAUAGGGUGGCAUCUGUGAGAUCCGGGGCCGCAUCCGUCGUAGCCGUCAUUAUCAAACACAUAGACGAAUCACCAGAACGCUAUCUCAGCAUCCGAGUUGUUGCGAAUAUCGUGGAAGAUUUAGCUGAACGACGAGUUUGGACUUACCGACAAACAUUUGUGAACAUUUGUUACCAAAUCCACCAGAUCAAAGCUUUGGACGCACAGAACUUUAACCAGAAUAUUCUGCCUUAUUUACUAGAUCUGUCAGAAGAUCGAGUACCUAACGUGCGACUGGCAGUUUCGCGAACCUUGAGCAUAAUCAGCAAAGAAUCGCCUGACUUCUUGAGUAUACAAACACCAAACAAAUUCAAUUGGGUGAAGUUCCAAACGGUCGAGAAGAAUUUGAAAAACGACUCUGACGUGGACGUUCGGUUCUUCUUUGGUGGAGCGGCCAAAUACUACCCUUCGGAGAACCUCACAGAAUCCGAAAAUGCAAAAUGUUGGCCCUCGGCAGAAGCUGGUGAAAGCGAGGAACAUUCCGACGAUAGUGGGGCAUAAACCGGUUCAAUGAGCAUUCAUUCAGAGGAAAAGUCGCAUCCAUAGAAAUUAUCAAUUAACGGAUCCUCCAAUGGUUUUUACGCACUGACUACGACUCGCCGCAUACGAUUACAAACAUGCCCAAAUUAUAUGAGAAAAAUGUGCUGCUGUUAUUUUUUUAUCUCUGAAUAAAAUGGAGACCCCUUUGACAACAUAA